AUGACAUCCAAUAUCCUACAGCUCCCGUUUCGUCGCUCCCACACCGUCUCGCUGUCGGAUGCCAUUACGCAGUACAUUUCCUCUAAAUAUGAUCAGCGCCCAGAUAUGUUCGCAGAUGAUCUGCUGAUCAUCGACCGUUUGCGAUCCGAAGCUAUUAAUGUACAAGAGCCACAUAUUAGUGGAAUCAGUCGACUGGUCACAUAUGCGGCGCAGUUGAAAUGGCUUGGUGGGAAGUUCCCGGUUGAUGUGGGGGUUGAUUUCGCGUGGUAUCCGGCGUUUGGGUUUAAUGCCUCGCGACCUGUAUCGCAGAACAACCUUCGAUUUGAACUGGCGAAUAUCCUUUUCAACCUCGCCGCACUAUACUCCCAGCUUGCCUAUGCGCUGAACCGCACGACCGCAGAUGGCCUUAAGCAAGCUUGCAACUACUCAUGUCAGGCAGCUGGAGUUUUGAGUCACCUGCGCAACGAUAUCCUCCCCGACCUCCGCACAUCGCCCCCAGAGGAUAUGGACGACAUGACACUGCAGAGCUUGGAACAGUUGUUGCUCGCUCAGGGCCAAGAGUGCUUUUGGCAGAAGGCUGUCAAGGACGGACUGAAGGAUGUAUCCAUUGCACGACUGGCUGCAAAAGUGUCUGAUUAUUAUGGAGAUGCAGGGGACUUGGCUGUCAAGUCUAACGCUAUUAGCACGGAAUGGAUUCACCACAUGGCCGCAAAAAACCACCACUUUGCAGCAGCAGCACAAUUUCGGCAGGCACUCGAUUGCCUGGAUAAGCGCAAGUAUGGUGAAGAGGUGGCAAGAUUACGCGACGCUUUGAAUUGCGUCAAAGAAGGGUUGAAGGAAUCGCAGUGGAUUAACCGCACCGUGUUGGGAGAUCUUAACGGACUCAAGAAUCGCGUGACGGAAGAUUUGAAGCGCGCAGAGAAGGACAAUGAUAUUAUCUAUUUAAGUCCCGUGCCUAACAAAUCCGAACUCAAGUCCAUUGACCGCGCUAGUAUGGUUGCUUCUAAGGCACCCUCGCAAGUCACAGACGCCAUUUCUAUGCUGGGAAACCAAGGACCACUUGGCCAACCGCUUUUCGCGAGACUGGUCCCCUAUGCGGUACACAUUGCGGCCAGCAUUUACUCCGACCGCCGAGAUCGGUUGAUCAAUGAGAGCUUGAUUGGAGAGUUAGAGUCUAUGACUGAUAAGCUCCGGGAUCUCCUGUCGUCGUUGAAUUUACCAGGUUCUUUGCAAGCCUUAGAGAAGCCUCUGGGUCUUCCGCCAGCUCUGGUUUCCCAUGCCGAGGAGAUGCGCCAGCAAGAUGGACUUAACCGCCUGCGGCGCUCCGUCGAAGACACUGCCAGGGUCAAAGGGAAUGACUUGGCUAUUUACAACGAAGGCGUCGAACUUUUGGCCGCUGAAAAGGCCGAAGAUGAUGCUGCAGUUCGCAAAUAUGGCACCGAUCGAUGGAACCGUGAAACGUCGGAGAAAGCCGCUCCUAAGCUUUACAACACUUCUAAAGAGAUCAACGGCUAUUUCACAUCCGCACAGAGUAGCGAUGGGCUUGUCGAUCAGAAGCUCCGGGAUUCCGAGUCUGUGUUCCUUGUACUCACAGGCACGAACCGGGAUCUCGAGUCCUAUGUCCCGAGCAGUCGCAGGGCUACCAUACCCCCAGAGUUGGAAAGGGAGUCUAUCAAGCUGCGGAGCUGUUUGAGUGAGGUGAGUCGGAUGGAAAACCGGCGGCGUCGACGAAUCCAGGCUUUGAAGGACAAAGGCCAAGCCGAUGAUAUUCAUCCGGCCCUUCUAAGUGAGACUGCCCGGUUGGAACGUGAGUUCCCCAUGCAAACUAUCCAAGCGAGCCAGUUCGAAGACCUAUUCGAGGAACACCUGCGACACUACGACUCGGAUCGGCAGAUGCUAGCUCAAGAACAAAGGGAGCAAGAGCAGAUUGAAGAACAAGUGCGCGAGGCCAACCGAGCCUUCACUCGUGCACACAAAGGCGACACUUCGACGAAAGAGCGCGAAACCGCCCUGCAGGAUCUAGAAAACGGAUACCUGAAGUAUAAGGAGAUUCUCUCCAAUCUCGAGGUUGGACGCAAGUUCUAUAACGACCUGGCCAAGAUCGUAAGCCGAUUCCGCGACGAUUGCAAAGCAUUCGUGCAUCAGCGACGAAUGGAGGCUAGUCAAUUGGAAGCCGACAUUUCCAACGUCACCGCCAUGUCGUCGCUGCACAUCACCCAGCCUCAUUUACGUCAACCUACCCAUCAGCCGACCCGUACCCAUCACGCUACAUAUGCGGCCCCCCGCCAUCCCAGCCCCCAUCCCAACCACCGGUUCACGCGCGACCAUCAGAGCCAGAAGCACCGCUUACCGCGCCCCAGCCUGUACGUGCAGCAGUCCCACCCCCCUUCCGUUCCUACACCGGGGGUGUGGUCUCCCAACAUGGGAAUCCGGUUUGAUUCUGCUGGUGCGCCACCAGGCAUGUCCCCAAGCACUGGCACUGGCGUUCCUGCACCCGCCACACGUGCGCAACCGGGAACUUGGGAUCCCAGCCAACCCGUCCGGUUUUCAUGA